AUGGGAGAUGAAGAUUGGGAAGCAGAAAUCAUCAAACCUCAUGUGUCUUCCUAUGUUCCUGUAUUUGAAAAGGAUAAAUAUUCUUCUGGAGCAAAUGGAGACACUUUUAACAGGACUUCAGCUUCAUCAUCAGAAAUGGAUGAUGGACCUUCUCGAAGAGAUCAUUUCAUGAGAAGUGGAUUUGCCUCAGGGAGGAGUUUGGGAAACAGAGAUGCUGGCGAGUCUAAUAAAAGAGAGAAUAUGCCCACAGUGGGCAGUUUUAGAGUUGGAAAAGGUUUUGGAAACAGAGGUUUUUCAAAUAACAAAUUUGAAGAAGGUAAUAGCUCUGGUUUCUGGAAAGAGUCUACUAAUGACUGUGAAGAUAAUCAAACACGGAACAGAGGGUUUUCCAAGAGAGGCGGCUAUCAAGAUGGAAAUGAUUCGGAAGCUUCAGGGCCAUCCAGAAGAGGUGGAAGAGGUAGUUUCCGAGGUUGCCGUGGAGGAUUUGGUUUAGGAAGACCAAGUAAUGAAUAUGACCAAGAUGAGGGGACACAGAGGGCUGGUAGCCUUUUUGGUUCUAGAAGACCAGCAUUAAGUGGUGCAGGUAAUGGUGACACUUACCAAAGCAAAAGUGGCAGUGGAAGUGGUCGAGGUGGUUACAAAGGUUUAAAUGAAGAAGUAAUAACAGGCUCUGGAAAGAAUUCUUGGAAGUCAGAAGCUGAAGGAGGAGAAAGUGGUGACAUUCAAGGCCCAAAAGUGACCUACAUACCCCCUCCUCCACCAGAAGAUGAGGAUUCCAUCUUUGCACAUUAUCAGACAGGCAUAAACUUUGACAAAUAUGAUACAAUUCUUGUAGAAGUGUCUGGACAUGAUGCACCACCAGCAAUUCUGACUUUUGAAGAAGCUAAUCUUUGUCAGACAUUGAAUAACAACAUUGCUAAAGCUGGUUAUACUAAACUAACUCCUGUGCAAAAAUAUAGUAUUCCUAUUAUACUGGCAGGACGAGAUUUGAUGGCUUGUGCUCAGACAGGGUCUGGGAAGACUGCAGCUUUUCUCUUGCCCAUUUUGGCUCAUAUGAUGCGUGAUGGAAUAACUGCCAGUCGUUUUAAAGAACUGCAGGAACCAGAGUGUAUUAUUGUAGCACCAACUCGAGAAUUGAUCAACCAGAUUUAUUUGGAAGCCAGAAAAUUUUCUUUUGGCACUUGUGUAAGAGCUGUUGUUAUAUAUGGGGGAACCCAGUUGGGGCAUUCAAUUCGACAAAUUGUACAAGGCUGUAAUGUACUAUGUGCUACUCCUGGAAGACUGAUGGAUAUCAUAGGUAAAGAAAAGAUUGGCCUCAAACAAGUCAAGUAUUUAGUUUUGGAUGAAGCUGAUCGCAUGUUGGAUAUGGGUUUUGGACCAGAAAUGAAGAAGUUAAUUUCUUGCCCAGGAAUGCCAUCAAAGGAACAACGUCAAACCCUUUUAUUUAGUGCAACUUUUCCAGAAGAAAUUCAAAGGUUGGCUGGGGAGUUUUUAAAGUCGAAUUAUUUGUUUGUUGCUGUUGGACAAGUGGGUGGAGCAUGUAGAGAUGUUCAGCAGACCAUUCUCCAAGUUGGCCAGUACUCAAAAAGAGAAAAACUUGUCGAAAUUCUACAAAACAUAGGUGAUGAAAGAACUAUGGUUUUUGUUGAAACCAAGAAGAAAGCAGAUUUUAUUGCAACUUUUCUUUGUCAAGAAAAAAUAUCAACUACAAGUAUUCAUGGUGAUCGGGAACAGAGAGAGAGAGAGCAAGCUCUUGGAGAUUUUCGCUGUGGAAAGUGCCCUGUUCUUGUUGCUACUUCAGUAGCUGCCAGAGGGCUUGAUAUUGAAAAUGUUCAACAUGUUAUCAAUUUUGAUCUUCCUUCUACCAUUGAUGAAUAUGUUCAUCGAAUUGGGCGCACUGGGCGUUGUGGGAAUACUGGCAGAGCUAUUUCUUUUUUUGAUCCUGAGUCAGAUAAUCAUUUAGCACAGCCUCUAGUGAAAGUACUGUCAGAUGCUCAACAGGAUGUACCUGCAUGGUUGGAAGAAAUUGCCUUUAGUACAUAUGUUCCUGGCUUCAGUGGUAGUACAAGAGGAAAUGUAUUUGCAUCAGUUGAUACUAGAAAGGCCAAGAGCACUCUGAAUGCAGCAGGGUUUUCAUCUUCUUCACAAGCUCCCAAUCCAGUAGAUGAUGAGUCAUGGGAUUAA